AUGGCAGCGUGGUCAGGCAACAUCGACCGCUACACACGGCUACGCCGACCAACCAUGAUCCACGACGAGCUGCCAUGUGUUAUUCGGGGAAUUUAUCACCACCCGUUCUUCGCCCAAUGGUGGUUGACUCAAGAGAUUUCCGACUCCGUUCGACAGGCCAUUUAUGCCCGACUCAUUUUGAAUAACGACUUGUCUUUGUUGAAUGACAACACGCCAGAUACCGACCUCCCAGUUCUUAUAUGGUUCCCCAAAACUGCAGCCACUUCUACCUACACCGAGUUAGUACGGCUCCGUCCAUCGAUGACACCGCAGAUUGCAUGCGCUUGUAUAACUGCCAAUUAUCAAGGCCUGUUUAACAGUCUAAAUGCAACCCCGUAUAUAUUCCUUUGGCGGGCUGGCGAGAGAUCUAGAAACAGCCACUACCUCGAGAAGAUUGAACAAAAAGCAACGGAUCUAGAACUCGAUCGACGCGAGUUUUCUGACUUGGGUUUGCCAAUUGAAGAAUUCGAAUCUAUGUGGCCAGAGAGACCUGAUGUAACGGAUACAUGGCCUAUGGCUGUGCUAGCCCAGGAGAUAGAUCCCAUGAUUAAGGAGGAUCUCGUCCUUGUGCGGGAUAUAACCCUCGGCAAAACUGGAUUCGAUUUCGAAGGCGAUGCUACACCUUCUUUAGUGGAGAAUCUCCUGCUGAAUACAUGCUUGGAGGAUCCAUCGAUACGACCGUCCCCCCCCCUUUCAGGAAUUAGAUCUUGGUGA